AUGGAUAUCAUAUAACAAAUAUUAGAAAAUUUUAAAGAAGAUUAAGAAAGUAUGAUAAUAUUCUAUUAUUAUUUUAGUUACAAUUACAGAUAAUACCUGUACUAAAUGUUAAUAAUUCUGCAAAACAAAAGUAUCUAUAAAAAAAGUACCAAAUUUUUAACAUAUUUUUAUCACAUCAUUUAAUUGUCCAUCAUGUGGGUACAUAAAUGAUGAAGUAAAGUUCAAAAAUGAAAAAAAAGAGAAGGGUAUUAAAUUAUAAUUAAAAAUUGACCAUCCUUAAGUAUGUCUGCUUAAUUAGAUUAGCAACUUUAAAGAAGAAUAAUUCGAUCAUAAUAAUGUAAGGUAACUAUCCCAGAAUUAGAAUUUAAUAUUUAAACAACUAAGAGGAGCAGCAUCAAUACUUUAGAAGGAUUUCUAUAAAUAUCAAUAAAUGAAUUGGCUAGAGAAUAAAAUGAAAGAAAGAAUUGCUAAGGGUAAUUAUAUUCUAACAUUCAAUUUAUAAUUGAGAACCUUCAAUAAUAUAAAUUAGGUAAGAGACUUCCUUUUCAUUGGAUAAUGGAUGAUCCUUCAGGGAAUAGCUUUAUUAUGGAUCUUAAUGAAUCUCCUUAAGAUUAAACUUUAAAUAUUUAAUAUUACACAAGAGAAGAUGAGCAAUUUGAAACUAUUUUCAAAAAGAAAUAAAAUACUAAAGAAGAAGAUUUUAUUUUAAAGGAUGAAUCAAAACCCAAAUAAUAAUAAUAAUAAUUAUUAUUAUAAUAAUAAUAAUAAUUUUAUUUGAAAAUUAGAGGACUACCAUUUUAAUGCACUAAAUAAGAUUUAUUAAAUUUCCUGGAAAUGCCUCGUCUUAAAAAAGAAAAUCUGAUGAUGAAAUUUUAAUAAAAUGGAUUUUUUACAGGUGAAGCAUAUAUUUAAUUAAAUUCAAUUGGAGAUCUUGAUUACUUAAGAACAUUUCAUAAAUCUUAAAUGGAUCAUCGUUAUCUUGAAAUAUUUAAUAGUAAUUUUGAUGAGUUUGAAAAAGCACUUUAAUCAAAUUAAUUUUUAAAGUAGAUAAACCCGAAGAUUUAAUCUGAAUUAGGAAAUUUAAAUGAAGAAAAUGAAUAUUAAUGUAAAUAACAAGGGGUACUUAAAUUAAGAGGGUUACCUUGGACAAGUACUGAAAAAGAUGUACUAAAUUUCUUUUAGAGUAAGUAUCAAUUUAUAAAAAUAGAUAAUUCUAAGAUUAAAUAAGUUAAAUUACUUUAUGAUGAUAGUGGCAAAGCAAAAGGUUAAUGUUUUGUAGUUGUUAAGAAUUUAGAAACAGCUGAAAAGUUAAAAAAAAAAUAUCAUAGAAAAUUAAUCGGCACUCGAUAUAUUGAAGUAAUAAUAAUGAUUUAAAACAGGUUUUUAUAUGCAGCUAAAGAGAAUACCUUGCUUGUUUUCAAUAAAAUAAAUCUGAUAGAAAGAGAAGUAUUAGUCCUUGA